UGCAAAAUGUUAGGUAGAGUACUUAGCCCAUAAUAAGCAUGCGACAUGGUAGCUAUUAUUUUAGCUUUUCCUUACUUGAAUUUGACAAAAUUAACAAGUGUGAAAAAGUAUACAAAGAAGCAGGAAAAAAAGAUGUCUUCUUUUUUAUGUUUCUUUUUCAAAAAUUCCACAAAAAUCUUGUUUGCCAUCAGAAAAAAAUUACUGGAAAAAAAAAAAAAUCAAAACACCACCAAAAAACCAAUCAUAAUCCUACAAGGGAAGAGGCGUUUAGGUGAGGCCGGAUGAAGAAAAUCAGGUUUUGAGCGCUUUCCUGAAACUCUGGUUCCCUGCUGGCCGAAAAAUACAGAACACCUGAAACCAGCUCACAAAAUAUUGGAAGCCUCCAGGGCAACACAAGCCUGGGACUGAAAUCCAAGCCUUGAUCGGUGAAGGUUGUGCAGCCACCUUCUGGGUCGAUGUCUAAUACAGUAAACGUGGCUUUGGCCCUCAGGAACCUCCUAGGUCCCUUCGGGCCUGUCUGAGGCCUUAACUGAAGAUCACUCAGCAGUGAAUUCGGCCGGCUUACUGAUGGACCGAGGAAUCAUUUGGGACUCUGGAUCCUGGUGUCUCCUCACUUGCUGGGGCUUGCGGUUUGCGCUCGGUACCCGCUACCCGGAGGGGAGGCCUCUGCCGGGCAUUGUGGGGUCAGCGUUCUGGUCUCCUUGGCAACGCCUACUGGGGAAGGCCGCGGGGCGCACUACAGGACGCGGCAGAAAGGACUCGAGAGGCCCUUCGAGUCCUGAGGCCACCUCCAAGCCGUCUGGCCCUUGGGUUCCCGAGCCUCGGACUCGCAGGAGAGGCCUGGGCCCGGCAUGGCGGAGGCGCGGUUCAGCGGCCCCCGGCGCGACGGCACGCGGCACAGGCUGCUGGAGAGGAUGGCGCACCUGAAGCGGGAUGGCCCGCCGUGCGCGGAGCCCGAGGCCGUGGGGCGGUGCGCGGCCGGCGACGGCGGCUCCUGCUCGGGCUGCUGGUGCUGGCGGCGGUUCUUCCGGCGGGGCGCGGCCCGCGGUGCGCGCAGGAAGAAGGCCCGCUACACGUGGCCCGGGCCGGCGGCCCAGGAGCGCGGCCGCUGGGGCCCCGGGAGCCUGCGGAGGCUGCUGCAGAGGCUGGCGGCGUGGAGGCGGUGCUACCUGCGGCGCGGGGAGCGGCCCGAGAGGCUGGAGGAGAUCCCGCUGCUGGUGCUGGACCGCGCGCAGGCCGGCGACUAGGCUGCGGCUGCCGGGAACCCUGCCCUGCCCCGCCCGCCCCCCGCUCCGCCCCCAGAGCUUUCGUUUUGUUUCGUUUAG